UUCAUUAAUGUUUAUGGCAAAGUCAUGUCAGUUUUAUGCACACCCCUUCAAAUAAAGUGUAUAACUUUCUUAUAUGAUGUUGUAUAAAUAGGUCAUAAAAAUAAGGAAAAUGCCAUGCAUUAUGUAAAAAACUGUUCAUUCCUUUUCUAUCUGUAUGCUUCUUACUACAACUAUGCUGCCCGAUUCAACUUCAGCUCUUCUUCUCCUAGGCGUCCUCCUUGUUAACUCCUCUGUUCUGUCAUGUCGGAUCGGGACCCAAACAGAGUGUGAUGCUGCUCCUUUUGUACCAGGCCACAAUCUGUUGGGGCAAAGUUUUGAUAUAUCCACACUGGAGAGGAAAAGUGCUCAUGUGAUUGAUGUGAAGACUUAUCUGACCACUAGAAACACCUGUAUUCUCUGCUCCAACCCUCUUCAAAACGAUACCCUCCAAAAACUUCCAUCUUCUGUUGUGGACUUCCAUGCCAUCCCUCGAUGCAAUCCUGAAAUCCACAGCAGUUUUCACACCUCUGCUAGCUCUCUGGUUCAGGCUUACACAUCCCAAGAUGCCAAUGAUUGGGCGGCUGGCUUGGAAAUUGAAAAGUUUUUGUUUGACAACUUCGAUGUGGGAGGAACCGGCUCCAAUAUCUACAAGUUUGUUUCACAAAAGAUCAAAGAGGAUCGCUACACUUUCAGCAUACACAGUGUCACCUGCAACCAUUAUGGUAUUAUAUUAUCAACCACACCUCCCUUAAGCUUAGAGUUCAAACAGCAGUUAGACCUCCUGCCAAGUCACUACAACUACUCCACUAAGAACGAGUAUAGAAAGUUCAUACAGACCUAUGGCACACACUACUUCAGAAUGGUUAAUCUUGGAGGGCGACUGAGACGAGUGACAUCUUCACGAAGCUGUUUGUCCUCCAUGAAUCGGUUAACCUCAACUCAGGUCCACUCCUGUUUAUCUAUGGGUGUUGCUGUUGGCUUGGGGAAGGAGCAACUCUCUAGUGUCCAGAAGUCUUGCAUUAGUGUCCUAAAAAACCAGGAUUCUGCCACUAACUUCAGCUCUGGUCUCCACCAACACUUCACAGAAGUGUCAGGAGGAAAUGGUUGGUUGGGGGAGUUUUCAAUUUUCCAAAAUGAUUCCAUGGGCUACAUGAACUGGCUAAAGAGCCUGAAAGAACAGCCAGAUGUUGUUUCAUACUCCCUUCAACCUCUCUAUAAGCUCAUUCCAAGCAAGCAACAGGAAGAGAUGAAAGCUGCUAUUGAACAUUAUUUGGAGGACAAUGCUUUGUGGAACUUACCCGAAGAGCCACAUUGUGACAUGACUCCUAAUGUGGCUUCUAACUGCUGCCCUCAGCACGCCUCAAGGGGAACUCUAUCAGUGACCAUUGUUCGAGGCUGGGGUCUAUUCGGAGAUUACAUUGGACCAGGUGAAAGCUAUGCCAAGAUGUACUAUGGUUCAUUUCAAGGCAGGACCAAAAUAUUGGAUCACAGUAAUCCGAGGUGGAACACUGAGUUUAAAUUGGGCAUGGUUGACACAAGCCUGCCUCUGCUGAUUCAGGUUUGGGAGGAUGACGUGAAAUAUGACGACCUUCUUGUACAGUGCCGGAGGUACCUGAUCCCUGGCAGUCACACUUUCAAGUGCUCAGAAUAUUAUGGAAACGUUGAGACUAAAUACACGCUGACCUGUGAGCCGUAUGUGACUGGAGAAAAGUGCAGCCGUUAUAAACCAUCUCCUUUAGAGACAGAUGAUUGGUGAGUUUUGGGAAUGAAAGCAUUUAAUUUCAUCACGUAACAUUAACUCACUAAAUCUGAUAGAAACUCACAAUUUAUACUUAAUCGCUUAACUUUGUUAAAGACCUAGCUAAAUGUGUAUUUCUCAUACAAUGAAAAAAAAUUCAAGAUUCUGUGUAACAUUUAAUCACAAUAAACUACUAUGCUAAUAUGCAAACAGAAAUUGUGUUCCCUUUAAUGACAAUAAACUUUUUGAAAUUGCUACAA